GACGGGGCGGGGCGGGGCGAGGCUGGCGGCCUCCCGGGCCUGGCUGAGGCGCUGCGGCCGGGUCCCUCUCCACCUGCCGGGCCGAGCGCACGGGCCAUGGGCUGAGCCCCGCUGAGCCCGCCGGGCCGGCCAUGGGCGACCGCGAGCCCAACAAGAAGCGGCUGCUGGAGCUGCUGCGGGCGCCGGACACAGGCAACGCGUACUGCGCCGACUGCGGGGCUGCAGAUCCCGACUGGGCCUCUUACAAGCUGGGGAUCUUCAUCUGUCUCAACUGCUGCGGUGUCCACCGUAACUUCCCUGACAUCAGCAGAGUUAAAUCCGUGCGUCUUGACUUCUGGGACGACAGUAUUGUGGAGUUUAUGACCCACAAUGGGAACCUCCGUGUGAAGGCCAAGUUCGAAGCCAGAGUCCCAGCUUUCUACUACAUCCCCCAGGCCAACGACUGCCUGGUCUUAAAGGAACAAUGGAUUCGAGCUAAGUAUGAGAGACGGGAAUUUAUGGCUGACGGGGAAACCAUCUCACUCCCAGGUAACCGAGAAGGAUUCCUGUGGAAGCGAGGAAGGGACAACUCACAGUUUCUGAGAAGGAGGUUUGUACUUCUGGCAAGAGAAGGCCUCCUGAAGUACUACACAAAAGAAGGGGGUAAAAACCCCAAAGCUGUCAUCAGCAUUAAGGACUUGAAUGCCACCUUCCAGACAGAGAAGAUAGGGCACCCCCACGGGCUGCAGAUCACCUACAGGAGAGAUGGCCACAUCAGGAACCUGUUUGUGUAUCAUGAAAGUGGGAAGGAGAUAGUGGACUGGUUCAAUGCCCUGCGUGCAGCCCGUCUGCAGUAUCUAAAAUUGGCUUUUCCUGAACUCCCGGAGUCUGAGCUCGUGCCAUUCCUCACCAGGAACUACCUCAAACAAGGCUUCAUGGAAAAGACUGGGCCAAAGCAGAGAGAACCUUUCAAGAAAAGGUGGUUCACCCUGGAUUGCCAUGAGCGGAGGCUGCUCUAUUACAAGAACCCCCUGGAUGCCUUCGAGCAGGGCCAGGUUUUUCUGGGGAACAAGGAGCAGGGAUAUGAAGUCUAUGAAGACCUGCCCAAGGGCAUCCGAGGAAAUCGCUGGAAAGCCGGACUCACCAUUGUCACCCCAGAGCGGAGAUAUGUCCUCACUUGCCCCAACGAGAAGGAGCAGCAGGAAUGGCUGGAAAGUUUGCGGGGUGUCCUGUCCAGCCCCUUGACGCUCCUCAACCGCCUCAGUAAGAAGCAGGAACUGAAGGGUGUUCUUUUGGCCAAGGGCAGAGGGCAGAAAGGUGCUUUUUCACUUACGUUCAGCUGUGAUGCCACAAAAGAUUCCUGAUUCCUGACUAUGCUCUUUUCACUGUCUUCUCUUCCUGAGAAAGAAAAGCACAGACAUACCAUUAUUGCCAAAAAGUCUACUCUGUCCACCCUGGGUUCCCGUAACAGAGCCCUUCCCCAGGAGCUUUUAGAGGAGUUUGGCCCUGGCAGAACCCCCGGGUACCGUCUGUACCCCUCGCAGUGUGGGGGCUGAGCAGCUUCUCUUUCCCUCCACCCUCCUCUAUGCUGAUCCUUUUUCUCGUGAGAAAACCCUGGCCUGUUAUUAUUAGCUAAGGUCACACCCGCUGGGCAGCUCCUGGGAUUUUUGGAUUCCUCCCCACUCCAGAGGGAAGGCUAUUUCUAGUGGCUUCUUUUCUCCGAGUCCUCCCUUCUGUCUGCCUGUCUCCUGCUCCUCUUUACCAGUAGGCCUUCCUCAGUGCUGACAGCCCUGUGAAAAAGGAGGAGACAUGCCGAGCUCCGGCAGGAAACUGCUGGCCCAGGGCCUGGCUUCUGGGGCACAAAGGAGAAUUUCUGUGUUUGGAAAAGUACAGACUGAGCAGGUGACCCCCGCACAGCCCCCUGGGGGAAACACUUGUGCCCUUUGAGUCUGACCGAUAUAAACACAGACUCUCUUGACUGUCCCACAAAGGCCAAAGCCAGAGAACCUCAGAAAGGGACUUGCAAAUUGUGAGUGAGGCAUAUCAGCUGGUGCUUUCUUUUCUCUGUGGGCUGCCAUUUAUGAGUCUCUUGGUUUCUCUCUGUCUCUGUCCCUCCACUUUUCUCUCCUUUGCUGGUGUGUGCAUCCCCUCUGAUGCCCUGGCCCUUACCCUUUCAUUCUGUUUUUUAUUCAGAGGCUCCCUCUGUCUUCGUGUUAUUUUUUUUUAAUUUUCUUUUUUCGAGACGGGAUCUUGCACUGUCACCCAGGCUGAAGUGCAGUGGUGCGAUCUCAGCUCACUGCAAUCUCCUCUUCCUGGGCUCCGGCAA